AUGGAUCCUCUCUAUAAGAAUCUCAAGCAGCAAGUUACUUGCUCGAUUUGUCUUGAUACUUACACCCAACCUAAAACUAUAUCAUGUCUUCACACAUUUUGCUGUGAGUGUUUAGAGAGACAUGCCAGAGUGAGCCAGAGACAAGGGAAAUUCAGAUGUCCCGAGUGUCAGGCAGAAAUCGAUUUACCGGAAGGCAAUCGCUUCGACGGUUUGCCUAACAGCUUUUUACACAAAAGUCUGUUAGGUGUCUUUGAAGCGGAAGAGACUUGCCCGCAACAUACGGAAGAAAGAGUACGAUAUUACUGCUUCUGGUGUGAGGCGUGUAUUUGUCCAAUUUGCGUCGCUGAAGACCACCGAGGUCAUGCGUUUGACGUGCUUGAAAAUGCAGUGCAAGAGGAUAAGAAAAACAUUAUGUUGACUGUUGAGACCAUCAAGGAAAAGGCAAACUUAUUUCGAGCAGAGUUAAGAAAAUUAGAGAAAACAUCAGAGGAUGUGGAAAGGAUCAUUGCAAUGGCUAAACAGGAAGUGUCGGAUGCAACUGAACACGUGAUCAGAAUGACGCGACAACAAGAAAAACAGCUCCUAGAGUCUUUAGAAAUGACGCGUAGGAGGAGAAUGGAGCGAAUCAACUCGGCUAAACAAGAACUAAUAUCUAAGUUAAAACAGAUGAGUCAAGCAGCUGAAUUUGCGGAGAAUUUGGUGCAACGAAGAUCAGCUGCGGAUAUCAUACAGAACAAAAACAACUUAAAACUUGAAGAGCUUUGUGGAGUAGAGGUUCCAAAACAUCGCCAGGCUACAUUUGUCAAAUUUACCGCCGCAUCGCAACACAACUUUAGACUGGGUUCUAUUCAAGUCUCCAAGAAGCCGGCAAUCGUAGCCAAAUCAACCCUCGAAGGACUGAAUCAAAAUUUUCAGGUUAAUGAACAGGCAAAGUUUACGUUGUGCCCACGGACAUCUGGAGGAGAGAUGAGUGACUGCCCUGAAGAUCAAGUCGAAUUCCUCGUAACACCCACCAAAGAUGUGACAAACGUGACUGUUGAUGAGGAAUAUGACGGAAAUGUUAGGCUGAACUUUACUCCCAAAGUACCCGGGGCCUACAACAUUGAAGUGAAGAUUAAUGGCGAUAAACUACCGACCUGUCCGGAUCCCAUGACUGUGCAGGUAAAAGAACGUGAACUUGUUGUGGUCGGUGAGUUGAAGUUAAAGCUUCUUCCGGGGGACAAGCUUAGAGGGUUAUUUGGAAUUGCUGUGAAUACAGAAGGCCAGAUAGUUGUGACGGAUAACAAUGGCCACUGUGUUUAUGUCUUUGACAAAAAUGGCAACUGUUUGAGAAAAAUUGAAGGCAAGGGUAGUAACAAAGGAUUAUUUCAGCACCCUGUUGGCAUUUCGUUUUUAAAUGACAACGAGGUCCUUAUUUCAGACUUCACGAAUUGCAAAAUACUACAACUAAAUAUUCAGACAGGAACUGUGGUGAAAAGUUUUGGAAAAUUCGGUGAAGAAAAAGGAGAGCUAACUAAUCCAGUAUACGUCACUGUGGAUGAUGAAGAGCGCAUUGUUGUAACCGAGAGUAGCAAUCAUAGGAUACAGGUGAUGUCAAAGGAAGGAAGAUCUAUUUUUACAUUUGGAGACAAAGGCCCUGAGAAACUUGCAUGGCCAACCUGCUGCAUUUUUCACAAAAAUAUGUUUCUCGUAUCUGAUACAAGCAACCACUGCAUAAAAGCUUUUGAUCUGUCAGGAACAUUCUUAUACAAGUUUGGCGAACGAGGGGAUCGACAUGGACAAUUUCGAAGGCCGCGUGGUUUGCUUGUAGAUGGCUCCAAUAAUCUUCUAGUAUGUGACUCUGAAAAUAAACGAGUUCAGCAGUUUUCUUUAGACGGUCGCUUCACCGGCAAAUGUAUCACUCGUUUACCUAAGCCUAUGGCAAUAACAAAAGCACCAGACGGGCGUAUUCUUGUUACUAGCCAUGAUCAGAAAAAGGUGUAUAUUUUGGAAUAGACUUUUUCAAAAGUGAACUUUGCUUAUUAAGCCGCUCCUUACCGGUGGUUUGUUUUAUUUUUAAUGCUGUUUUAUCACUUGUCAGGAAGAACUCUUAGCGAUAAUAUCUAGACUUACAAUUACUCUUAGAGACAAAAACCUUUGGACUUGAAGUAAUCAGCCCAGGUCUUGCUAGUUCGUCAAUCUUAAGCCGUUUUAAUCUUCUCCAUCCCUCGCCUAUUGCCCGUCCAUGUUUCUUAAUUGAUUGGUCAGGAUAGAUUAAGUGCGGGUAUUUCAAUCUAAGAAAAUAUAUUUUUAAUGAAGCUUCAAUUCAAGAACGAUUUAUGAUUGCAUAACUUCACAUGUAUAAGUAAUCAACAAGCACAAGAAGGAAGGUGACAACUGUUUUUAAAAAUGGGCAUCUACUGGGUAAUUAUGUCAUAAUUAGAGGUGGCUACUGACUUUCCAAUUAAGCUUAUUUUUUAGUUCUAAACUGUUUUGAAAAAUAGUCUUGCGUUUUAUUCCAUACUACAAGGCGAGACAAAUUGGGAAUGCAUUGAAUAA